AUGGUGGAGUUUGGAUGGCCGUGGCAAUACAGUUUUCCUCCGUUCUUCACUAUUCAGCCUAAUUCGGCAACGCGGGAAAAACAGCUGGAUCUUUGGUGUCAGUUGAUACUCGACUAUUUCCGCCACAGAAAGCAGUAUAAAAUCAACGUGCAUGAAGUGUCGACGUCAUCUUUAUUCAAGAACGUUUCGAUAAACCGCAAACUUUCUGCGGAUGGAAUAGAGCAAGUCUUGGAUGAACUUGAAAAGCGGAAACUUCUCGAGUGGGUAGAUAAGAAGAAAGAAAGCUGCUUCAUCUACUGGAAGAAGCCGCAAGACUUGGCGGAUUCGAUUUACCAUUGGGUUGAACAGACGGGUCGUUCAAACACCGUUUGUACGUUCAGCGAGUUGGUGGACGAAGAAGUCGCCGAAGGUCACGAUUGUGUCGGAUUAGAUCGUGAUCUACUUUUGAAAGUGUUGAGUGUUCUUCAAAGUCGCGGAAAAGCUGAGGUGAUGAACCACGGUGGAGUUGAAGGAGUUAAUGAAUUCCAAAUGUUGAACGUGGGUGCCGUGGGACGCUUUCUUUACAGAGCUGGCACUCUGUUUCGUCGGGAUAUCCACGUUUCACGAAGCCUUCGGCAUGGUGAAUUUGAAAUGCAGGAUCCCAAAUCUGAAGAUGAAGUUGUAAACGUUACGUUUCAAAGGAAAGACGGUUCAUGCUUCAAAAUCCGUGGAAAAGUUGGGGAUAAUCUGCUUUAUUUAGCUCAUCGGUAUGGGAUUGAAAUGGAAGGAGCUUGUGAAGCAUCCAAGGCGUGCACGACUUGUCAUGUGUACGUUCAUGGAAAUCACCUCGGAGUAUUACCCCCGGCAGACGAAACAGAAGAUGAUUUAUUAGACAUGGCUCCAUAUCUGAAGGAAAAUUCCAGGCUGGGGUGUCAAAUAGUUUUAACGAAAGAAUUGGAUGGUUUGAAAGUGGAACUUCCGCGUGCCACCCGGAAUUUUUAUGUGGAUGGCCACGUACCGCAGCCGCAUUGA